UCUGAGUAUGGACCACCCUCUACUGUUCUCCUAGCGGACGGUGUUUGCUUGGGCCAUAGCUGCGUGCAGGCCUUCAUUCUCAAUGAGAGCAAAGGCAUAGGGAGAGUGAGAGGAGGAGAAUGGAGAGCAUGAACCUGUGUAGGAAACACAACUGAGACACCAACCUGGGUCUUACCUGCACCUCCUGGACGGCUGACUGAACUCACUGACACAGAUCUUUAGCUUGUUUGGUGAUAAAGAGAGGAGGAACCAUGGGACCUGGAACAUGGAGUGUAUUUAUUCUAUUUGGUCUGUCUUUCUGGGGCAACAGCCAAGCCCUCACAAAGCACCCCAUCCUCAACCGGAUACGAAGGGCUCCAGAGGCCAGCGGAGAAAGCAAGAAGUGCUCCUACACCUUCCUGGUCCCUGAGCAGAAGAUCACAGGACCCAUCUGUGCCGCCCGCGGCUACUCGACCGACAAGGACCGAGUGACACGCCUGGAUGUGGCUGCAGUGCGUGACCUUCUGUCAAAGCAGCGUAGGGAGGUGGAGACUUUGAAGUUGGUGGUGGAUGUGGACGGCAACUUGGUGAAUGAGAUGAAGCUGCUGAGGAAAGAGAGCAGGAACAUGAACUCCAGAGUGACCCAGCUCUACAUGCAGCUGCUGCACGAGAUCAUCAGGAAGAGGGAUAACUCACUGGAACUGGCACAGCUAGAGACACGCAUCCUCAACGCCACCACAGAGUCUCUGCGCCUGGCUUCCCGGUACAGGGAACUGGAGGCCAAAUACGCAGCUCUGUCUGCAGUGGUGAACAACCAGUCAGUGCUGAUUGGAGCACUGGAGGAGCGUUGUAUGCAGGUGUACAGCCGCAGGCAUGACCAGACACCCAUUGGACCUCCACUUGUGCAGGUGGUGCCUGAGAACAUUCCUGUUAAUGUGCCUCGUUUCACCAAUGAGAUUCAGAGGGACAACACCCGAGGCUUUGCCCGAGAAAGGGGCUCACGCUCUGGGCCGUCACCCACUAGCGGCACCCUGGAAGUUCCACAAAGAAACUUCAGUGCUGAAGGCUCGUUCAGGGACUGUCUCGCGGCGCAGGAAGCUGGCCACAGCACCAGCGGCAUGUACCUGAUCAGACCAGACGAAGCAGAGAGGCCAGUGCAGGCCUGGUGUGAACAGGAUAUAGACAACGGGGGCUGGACCGUUAUCCAGAGCAGGAGAGACGGAUCAGUCAACUUCUUCAGGAACUGGGAUAACUACAAGAGCGGCUUUGGCAACAUAGACGGCGAAUACUGGCUCGGUCUGGAAGGCAUCUACAACCUGGGGAGGCAGGGGGACUACAAGCUGCUGGUGGAGCUGGAGGACUGGAUGAACAAGAAGGUGUACGCUCAGUACAGCAGCUUCCAUCUAGAGCCUGAGAGUGAAGGUUACCGUCUGCGACUGGGAACCUACCAGGGGAACGCCGGGGACUCCCUGAGCAGCCACAACGGCAAACAGUUCACAACUCUGGAUCGAGACAAGGACGCCUUCUCAGGUAACUGUGCCCAUUUCCAUAAAGGAGGCUGGUGGUACAACGCCUGCGGCCAAACCAAUCUAAACGGUGUCUGGUACACUGGCGGUGUCUACCGCAGCAAAUUCCAAGAUGGGAUCUUCUGGGCUGACUAUGGCGGAGGCUUCUACUCUAUGAAGUCUGUCCGUAUGUUGAUCAGGCCUAUAGACUGAGGAGAUACUGUAAGCCAGACUGGUCCAGGGGCAGCUACGGAGGCCAGGGCAAACUUGAACCUCAUUCUGACUGUAUAAGUCAUCAGCAACUGGUUUAUCCUAGAUGAAAGAACCACAACGAUGGAGAUGACCAACCAUCAGUAGCAACUUGAACUGCCUCUUUUAACAGACACCGACUUUGUGUGAACAUUUUUCUUUUUAUAUUAUAACAGAUUCAACAUAUGCCGUGUUUCCACUGCAUGGUUCAGCUUGACUCGAUCUGACUCUCUAUCAGGUUUUUUUCUCUAAUUUGUUUUCCACUGCAGAGCAGCACCGGGCUGGGGUGGGAUUGAAGCCAGUUUUACAUAGUGGCCAAAUGUGAAAUCACAACUUCUGUGUCUGUCACGUGAUGCCGUUGGGUCCAAAAACACUCUUUUCCCCCGUAGACUUACACUGCAAAAGAGAGGUCUGUAAAUCAGUGUAUACAUUUUUUUAGUGUCACGACCCCUACGCAAUAAAUUAUUUUAUCACCAGGAUUUGAUCAAUUCGGUCCAAUAACUAGUAUUUUACUAGUAUAACUAAGUAUUUUUAUCCCAUUCAAGUUAGCAGAGGGCUAAACAGGACGAUAGCCACUCAACCAGCAUAGGGCUCUAGUGCACUUGCUCUAUGGGCUUGGUUCAUGCGCCACAGAGCAACUUUCAUAGGAAUGAGUAGGGCCCCGCCUCCAACCCAGAAUCCAAUUUCUUUAUAGAUACAUGGAUAAUAUCCUCUCCAUGUAGCCUGGAUCAAAGCGUGAAAUUGUCAUUACAUCAUCUUUAAUGUGACACUCGCAUGGAUCCUUUCAUUGGCGUCCAAACAGAAGAACGACUACACCGCGUCCAUUGUACUGUUUUGCGGGCUGCCAUGUUUUAAAAUCUGGGUCGAGUGAAUAAAAAAUGCAAAUGAUGGUAGCUUGGCUAAAAAUGACUGGUUUGUGCUGGAUGUCCCAUGUUGCACAGGUUAGGAUUAUAGUGAUGAUUCCCUCUGACCAAUCAGAGGUCUAGAGUGUUUUAACUCCAUCGUCUACUAAAGGCACAAGGUUCUACCCACAAAUUUAGAUAAUGGAAAACCCAAGCACCAACCUUCAGUCUUGCCAAAAACUGCAGUUCCUCUAAUGACCACUUGAGGCUGGCUGCAAGAGUGAAUCAUUCCGCACAGACACCCAUUUUAAAUUGCCCUUAACAGCAGAAAUGUUUACAGAUUGGGUCCCAGUAGCUAAUUUCCCCCUCAUGACAACUGAAUUUUAUUUUGUAACUUAACAUUUCAUUAAUGCUUAAAGUUACACAUAAUUAAGGCCAACUGCCAAUAGUGUCCUCAUCUUCAGUCAGAUCCACCCCUCGCUCCUCCACAGCGUCAGCCUCUCGCCCAAAUAUGGUCACUUCUGGAUCCAAAAACCACGAUGGUGACGGCUGAAAUGCCGAAUUUGGGCCUCAAAACAGGAGUCCGCAAACCAAUGGGUGACGUUACGAUUGCUACAUCCAUUAUUUUUACAUUCUUUACAGUGAAAUGAUGAUUCACUGACCAGUCAGUGGUCUGCAGUGCUUUGACUCCACCGUCUAUUGUCAACUCAGCUUACUUGAAACUGAGGCAAUAACAAAAAAAGGCACAAGGUACUACCCACAAAUUUAGAUAAUGGAAAACCCAAGCAGCAACUUCCAGGGCUGAAAAAUGAAGCCAGCACAGAAGUGCCAAAAACUGCAGUUCUUUGAAAAGCCACCUGAGAGUGGCUCCAAGAGUGAUUCAAUCCCCAUAGACACCCAUUUUAAAAUGCCCGACAUCACAGAAGAAACAAACAUGUUUACAGCUUGGUACAAAAAAAACGUUUUUUGGUCUCUAUAGCUAAUUUUCCUAUUCACAACAAAUGUACAAGGGGUGAAUUUUUAUAUAACUCACUGAUUUACAUUUUUAUUAAGGCUUAAUGUUAUCCAUAAUUAAGAGUGGGUCGCUUCGAGUGACAGGCUGUCUGCUCUUGCUACACACAGACACGUCACACAGCCUCUCGCCUAAAUAUGGUCACCUCUAGCUCCAAAAAACCAAGAUGGCGACAGCUAUUAGGUAGCAACAUCCAUUUUUUUUACAGUGUUUACAGUGCAGGAUGUCCUGAAGUGACGAUUCUACUAACGAUUCUUCUCUGACCAAUCAGUGGUCUGCAGUGUUUUAACUCCACCUUCUGGUAUCGCAUCAUCUGGAGCCUCACUUGAGGUGGUAACAACAAAGUACCACCGACUUUUGCUGCUGGGAAACCAAAAAAGAGCGAUUCAAGCGGAGCCAUGUCGUGCCAUGCAGUGGAAAUGCAGCAUUAAAGGGAUUUUAGGAACCUAUUAAAAGUAAGCCAUACAGCUCCUUUAACCACCAAAUACAUAAUGAUGGUGAAGGGAAAUUAAGAAUAAUUAAGGCAGCAUUGCAGCUAAAUAAUGCAAGCUGUCUAUGUGAUUAAGAGACCACAGUACCUUCCUCAUUACUGGGUCUCCCCGUGGAGACGAAGCACCACAUCUUUACAGAACUUCAAUGGUAGUGAUUUCAUUCAUAAGCUUUAGCGUCACAGGAUCUAAAUGCAGCUCUUCCUACCUCGCCAAGAUAAACGUGUGGGCAAAAUGCUCAUGCAUGGUAUUUUACUUGUGCUAUAGUUACUGGGAGCUGGGAAAUACAUUGUGUUAAUACAUUUAUAGAUUUAUUUAGACUCUUUAUCCUCUUCCAGAUCUGAACACCUAAUGGAGUAAGGCAGGUGGUGUAAAUACAUGUUUUAUGUACAUUUGAUUACACAGAAACAGUACUGGUUUUAUUUUUCCUCCCUACGCUUAAAAUGACCUUAAUACUGUAUGUUAUAUACUUUGUCCAAAUGACCAGAAACGAUAAUUUAUGUGUACAAUUAACUUAUCAUAACAGUGAAAAGGGGCCAGGUGUCCUGAGGGAACAGUAAACGAUCCUAAUUUCCUCCACUGUAUAAAUGACAAUCAUUCUCAAAGUGUGCUUGCACGUAUGGAAAUUGCUGUUAUAUGUUUUUCUCGUUUGGCUGUUGAUUAAAUUUCAGUAUGACUCUGGGAAAAAACGAGCAUUGUUGGGGGAAAAAAACUGAUGGAAUUAUGUUUUGAGUGGUUUUCGAGCACGAGAAAUAUGCCGACCAAGCGUGUUGAGAGUUAUAGACUAUGAGACAGACAACGAGAAACACAUUGCUGAAAGCCAGACAGGAUGAAGAAAGAAAAAGAGCGGAGAGAGGAGGGGAGUGGGAUGAACUGGGAUGGAACCGGUCCAAAUUUCCAAGUUAUUUCCCCCCCGCUUCCUUUUAAAUACAGAGAAAUUUACAUUCUUUCCACACAAAAGUGCUUGAACUGUAUGUUUUGGUAAAAUAUCUUUCAUUGACAAAGUCACGGGUGCCUGCACUCUGUAAUCACCGGUACGGAAGGAAAGCGGCAUCCUUCUGGGGAAACCGUCCCAGAGGAGAGGGGAGCUGGGGGGGGUUUUCUGGUGAGUCUGCUUUGAACAACAGUGCUGCAUCCAAGAGCGUUUAGUCUCUGAGCCCAAAAUAGAACCUCAUAUUUUUCUGUUUCUCUUAUUGACCACAGUGGACCUCACACCCAUCUCUUUAACAAACUUUUACAAAGCAACAAAACACAUAGCCACAAUAUUGGUCAACCCCAGCUGGACAGGAACACAUGUUUAUGAACAUGUUAAAAAGCAGCGUCCAAUAAAAACAGCUUCGUAAUGUUAAAAUUAAACACCAGUAAAAGCUGAAGCCAGUGAGUCACAAUGGCUGGCAGAGCAAUAUUACGCAACUAACAGUCAAUAAAUGGAGAACACUGAGGGUCACUUCAGAGGACAUUCUUGUUCUUUCGGAUUCAAAGGAAUUCCUUUCAUGUGCCACGCUGAUUUAUACUGUUAACUAAGUCCUAAUUAGGUUUUUCUUAGGGACCGUUCUUUAUUUAUUAGACUUCAUGUGAUUUCUUUUUUCUUUUUCUUUUUUUUUUCAUCUUAACCCUCCUCGAAGCUACAAAUAUUCUUCCUUGAGUGCCUGGGGGAAAAUGACCCUCCCAUCCACAUAAAUAACCCUAAUUUUUUAAAAUAGUCAUACCAAAUGUAAGUGCUGGAGCCAAUGCAAUUAGCAAACAUCACAGAAAUGAGAGUUAUCACCAAAACAAAGAGUUUAUUUCUUAAGCAAAAUAUGAAUCCUCCUUAUAAAUCACCAGCAAUAUAAACAACACAUUCUCAUCCCAAAUUGUCAAUUGCUUUGUCAGUGGACAUGAAAAGUCAAAAUAUGAUGCGUUAGAUACCCUCCUGCAUCUGAUUAGGACGCAUUGUAUCUUUUCGAAAUACACUCCCUUUUUCCAUAUAGUUUCUGCUCGUUACAUCCAUGCAGUCUUUUUCAUAGAACCUUACAACGUAGCUAGAACACCUCGUUUUUACAUUCAUUUCCUUGUACACCAACAGCACGUGGUUAGAUUAAGACAAAAAAACACCAUGGUUUGGUUUAAAGUGAGUACAAUUGUUACUAACGUUAUGUAAUGUCACACGACAUAUGUCACAUGCUACACACACUAGCACAUGUUUACUGUGUAUAUACCAGCAUCCCGCCGCAUAUCAUGCCGACCGUUAAAGGUUGGCUUUGUUCGUUGGUGUCUGACGCCACAAGUCAUUGCCUACACAUCGGAUCUGGAUGACUUUGGAGUGAGACCAUGUUGCACUUCAUGUGACAUAUGUCACCAGUGUAGCAUGCUACACAUAUUAGCACACUAUGUUGUCAAUCAAGAUAACUCAACUGACUUUUGGUUUCACACUGGAAACAAACAGCAGCUUUCCGGGUGAAAGUCCGUUGUUUGUUUGCUUCAGAAAUAGCCUAGUUUUGGAGUAAGAACAAGCUGUUAUGUUUCCCAAUAGAAGCAUCUGUCUCAUAUGAUGUGUUCAAGGACUGUCAGCAAUUUGAAAAUCCAAUUAUAAUUGCUAUUUUCAUUGUUUCUGGCUGUGAUUAAUGGUGUAAUUUUGGCCUUUUUUAAAGAAAAUAUUUUGUUCAAACCCGACAGUGGGUUUUAGGGUUCAGAUGGUAUAAAAGUAAAUAUAGAAUACAGCCAUUUGAAGUUGUAUGUCCCGCCACUAAGCCAAAAAAAAAGAAAAUUAUUUGACAUGCCUCCCCUGUUUUGCACCACUUCCUCCUCCCUCAUAAAUAAUGAACAGUCCCUUCAGAUGACACGCACAUUCCAAACUCAUCCUGUGGUUGUGAGUCAUGCGGACUUAAGCAGUUAAGUCUUUACGGAAGGAAACAUAAUUUCAUUUAAAAGUAAUAAGAGUUCUUUUACAUGUGCGUGGCUGUGUGUUGGCGUGAAAAAAGCUGUGAGGAGACGCAUGAAUACAUCUCAAAGACAUCUUGUUUUAUGUGGUGACACAUUACUGUGGAUGACUGGUCGAGGGCAAGUCACCAGUUCAAGUCUGGUUCUCAACCUAUGUGACUCUUUUUCACUGUCUGUUCUUUUUGUUUCACUGUCAAACAAAGCACAUGAAUACAU